UUUUACCCUUUGCCAAUUGCCAUUAACACAAAACUAAUUAAUCCCUUUACCCAUAAGCUUUAAUUUGGGAGAUAAAUUUUGAUUUUCAAUUUCUAAUUUUGGGUAAAAGGGUAGAAAUUAUUUAGAUGGGUAAUACCGGAAGUAAUGGUCUGAAUGGCCGGAGAAGAACUUACAGCCACCGGCGGAGCCACCCGCCACAACCGGAGAUCACCGGUAACAGCUACGUAUUUGCCGCAGCAACGCCACCAUAUUCUUAUCAGCAAAAUCCUAAUACUACACCGUAUUAUCAGUACCCAGGUUAUUAUCCGCCGCCGUAUGAACAGCAUUCCCACCACCAUAUGAACCCUAAUUAUGCAAAUUGGGUUAAUGGAGGUUACCCGUGUGGACCACCCAUUAUACCUCCUACGCCUGCACCCUAUGUGGAGGCAGUGGAGCAUCAAAAAGCAGUGACGAUACGUAAUGAUGUGAAUCUGAAGAAGGAGACUCUAAAGAUAGAGGCAGAUGAGGCUAACCCUGGAAAAUACCUCGUCGCUUUCGAUUUCGAUGCCACCAUACCUGGAAGCUUGACUGUCAUUUUCUUUGCAAAAGAAGGUGAAGAUUGUUGCUUGACUCCUAUGAAGGAAAGUUUGCUUCCACCAAUAACCAUUAAAUUUCAAAAAGGUUUAUCUCAGAAAUUUAGGCAAUCCUCUGGAAUUGGCAUUGAUCUUUCAAUGUUUGAAGAGGCAGAAUGGUCGAAAGAUGGUAAUGCAGAUGUAUAUCAGCUGGCGGUGAAGGCAGAGGCAUUCGAAGAUGCCCAAAGUGAACCAGAGGAUGGAAAUGCAGUGUCUGUGUCCACAAAUUCCCAGAUUACUCAAGCAGUUUUCGAAAAGGACAAAGGCGAAUUCAAAAUUAGGGUGGUGAAGCAAAUCCUCUGGGUCAAUGGCAUGAGGUAUGAAUUGCAAGAGAUUUAUGGCAUUGGGAAUUCAGUUGAUAAAGACUUUGAUGGAAAUGAUAAUGGGAAGGAAUGUGUCGUAUGUCUUUCUGAACCUCGGGACACUACUGUACUUCCAUGCCGCCACAUGUGCAUGUGCAGUGGAUGUGCAAAAGUUUUGAGGUUCCAGACAAAUCGUUGUCCUAUUUGUCGUCAGCCAGUUGAGCGAUUCUUGGAGAUUAAGGUCAGCGAAGCUGCUGAAGAAUAAGAGUCGCGAUAACCACCAUUGCAUAAACACAGGGGAGAAUCUAGCAGCCUGAAUACAGGUUUGGCUGAACCUAGUAACUUUUGCUCUACACUACAGAAACCCAUACAGUUGAAAAUCGUGGCUCCGCCUCUGUAUAAACUUAUUCCUUUU